GUGUAGGACGUAGUGGUGUGAGUUGUGAAAGUUCCUUUAAGGUCAAUCAAGGAACACAAACAUAUUUUUUUUAAAAUACAAGAAAGGAAAAAAGAGAAAGAAAAAGGUAAAAAGAUUACGAAAAGAUUUUCAUUUGAGGAAGUUGGCCACGAGGCAGAACGGAGUUCUUGGUUUAAAAUCAACUUCAACGAUGUCUGUGGAACUAAAGUGGAUUCUUGUGUCUAUAUUCUUCAUUGUUACACCUGUAAUCUCAGAGAGAUGUUACAGACAUGGUGCCUACAAGAGAGACCCAAGAGACUGUCGUAAGUUCUACAGAUGUAACUGGGGUUAUGUCCAGCACUUGACCUGUCCGGAAGGAACGGCUUUCAAUCCCCGUUACAUGGUGUGCGAUUAUAUAUGGCGGGUGUCCGAAUGUCAGACCAAGUGUCCGCCUUCGUCUCGGGACCCUAAUGAACCUUGUCCCCGAACCCCACCAAUACUUCGUAAGGAUCCUUCAUGCCGAAAGCCCCCACACAACACACGUAUAUCUGCCAGAAGUUUCUCAGAAUCCCUACCGGACCGACGAUGCCGUUCCUCAAACGCUGUUCUUCCAAAUCCAAGCAGCAAUUCUUCGUAUUUUCUGUGCCUUGAGAACAAAAUUCUUUUGAAGUCUUGUCCUCCAGGAUUGACCUUCGACCACUUCAAGAACCGAUGUGACUGGUCAUUUCUCUCACUGUGAUUUAAUACUGUCACACUUGCACACUGGAAGGUCGUGGGUUAGGGUUCAAUUCCUAUUCAAUGCUGGCUGUUUACUCUUCCUCUGUUCUAUAUUCUGUACCCUUAUAAAUUCUCUCACUCCUCCACCUAACUAACAAUCUCCUCACCCCACUCCUCUCUCUAUUUUCCACAUCCCCCUCUAUCACACCCGUUCUCCGACGACUAUUUUCCUUACUACUAACAAAUAAAAUAUAUAAAAUUA